GAGAGAGUGAGAGAGAGAGGGAGAGGCGCACUUGAAGAACGGGAGUGUGCGCGCGCGAGGCGAGUCGGGACACCGGGAGUCGCGAGCAUGGAGAUCCGCCCGGAGCGCUUUAAGGCUGUGGCAGCAAAAACCCUGGGAAAGAUACACAGGAUCCUCGAGAAGCGUCAAGAGAAUGGCGAGACUAUCGAGCUCUCAGCAGAGGGAAGGCCGGAGAUGGUGGAGGAGAAGGAGCUGCCCAUCGUGGACUGCACAUGCUUCGGGUUGCCACGCCGCUACAUUAUCGCCAUUCUCUCAGGUCUCGGUUUUUGCAUCUCCUUCGGCAUCCGCUGCAAUCUCGGCGUGGCCAUCGUCAGCAUGGUCAAUGACCACACCGUUUAUUACGGAAAGAAACCCGUCAUAAUGGCUGCUCAGUUCACAUGGGACCCAGAGACAGUGGGGAUGAUCCACGGUUCAUUUUUCUGGGGUUACAUCGUUACGCAGAUUCCCGGAGGAUUCAUCUGUCAGAAAUUUGCUGCCAACAGAGUGUUUGGCUUUGCGAUCGUGGCCACGUCCACUCUGAACAUGCUGAUUCCGGCUGCAGCGCGGAUCCACUAUGGAUGUGUCAUCAUGGUCAGGAUAUGCCAGGGUCUUGUGGAGGGUGUGUCAUAUCCUGCAUGCCAUGGGAUCUGGGCCAAAUGGGCUCCGCCUCUUGAGAGAAGCCGAUUGGCCACGACAGCAUUCUGUGGGUCUUAUGCAGGGGCUGUAGUGGCGAUGCCCCUGGCUGGUGUGUUAGUACAGUAUAGUGGAUGGUCGUCUGUUUUUUAUGUGUAUGGUAGCGUCGGGAUACUGUGGUAUCUCUUCUGGAUCUUGGUGUCCUAUGAGAGUCCAGCUGUUCAUCCUACAAUCACUCCAGAGGAGAGGAAAUACAUCGAGGAUGCCAUUGGAGAGACAGCAGGGUUGGUCAACCCCCUUCAGAAAUUCAAAACACCUUGGCGUCAUUUCUUCACCUCCAUGCCAGUAUAUGCCAUCAUCGUGGCCAACUUCUGCAGAAGCUGGACCUUCUACCUGCUCCUCAUCAGCCAGCCUGCAUACUUCGAGGAGGUUUUUGGUUUCGAGAUCAGCAAGGUGGGGUUGGUAUCUGCCCUCCCUCACCUGGUGAUGACUAUCAUAGUGCCGCUGGGGGGGCAGCUGGCCGACUACCUGAGAUCCCACAACAUAAUGAGCACCACUAAUGUCCGCAAGCUCAUGAACUGCGGAGGAUUCGGAAUGGAGGCCACGCUGCUGUUGGUGGUGGGGUUCUCUCACUCUAAAGGAAUGGCCAUAUCAUUCCUCGUACUGGCUGUUGGCUUCAGUGGGUUUGCUAUCUCAGGCUUUAAUGUGAAUCAUUUGGACAUAGCACCACGUUAUGCCAGCAUCCUGAUGGGUAUUUCUAAUGGAGUGGGCACCUUAUCGGGCAUGGUGUGCCCUCUUAUAGUGGGAGCCAUGACCAAACAUAAGACACGUGAAGAGUGGCAGUAUGUCUUCCUCAUCGCAUCAUUAGUGCAUUAUGGGGGUGUAAUCUUUUAUGGGAUAUUUGCAUCGGGAGAGAAGCAGCCAUGGGCCGACGCUGAGAACACCAGUGAGGAGAAAUGUGGCAUCCUGGAUGAAGAUGAGCUGGCCAAUGAGACUGAAGAGCUUUACAGAACGGGCGGACAGUAUGGUGCCAUUAACCAGCCAAACGCCGCUGGCCCAAAUGGGAGUGGAGGUGGGGGCGGAGCUGGAUGGGUCUCAGACUGGGACAAAACAGAAGAAUAUGUACAACCAGUUGGGAGAAAUAGUUAUCUUUAUGGAGGAGAGGGUGAAAGGGAGCUCACAUAAUGGGAGUGGUCCACAUUUCCAGUCCCGGAGAGUUGGAAUCUAGCACAAUUUCCCUGCUCAUAGACACAGAGUGAUAGUUGGACCCUCAAUAGCAAGCCCCAUGCUGGACAAAGCUUUUGCUUAGCUGGACAGGGACACCAAUAGGAAUUUUGAGUCUCUAUACAGGUUAAUGCACUAGUCAAUUUUAGUUCUCCAGUUUACCCUUGGGCCUUCUUUCUACUCUCUUAGUAAGAGGGUUUCUGGAUAGUUCUUAAUUCCUAGUUCUACCCUUUACUCCCUCAAAGGGACAAAUCAAGGAACCCAUUUUUGUCUCUAACCAGACCCCUGAAAUCAGGCCCAUUUCCUUGUAGGUGGUUGUGGGAGAAUGGAGAAAGUAUGCAAAUGAUUUACUGGCCUUUUGGUUAAUGCGAGCUGGCUAAUAUUAGAUAAGUAACCAGCUGACUAAAGUGUUGGUGAGGUAGCUAACAAUAAAUGUAGGUGAAAGUUUGUUAGUGAAAGUAAAUUGUGUGAAUUCAGAACGUAAUUAUAUUCCAAAUUCACUUUUUCAGUGUGUGUAGUUGGAUUUGCGCCCAUGUUUUUUGGCUAUGUAUUGGAGCCAUAGAGCUUGUUAUUCCUGAAUUUUCCACCAACACAACACAAAUCACAGCCAAGUUGACAGUAUUUAUAGGCCUACGUGUUUUUGAAUUAAUGAGACGUGAAUAAAACCCAUCAUUUCAAGUGACCAGUGAAAGCAGCUAAGAACGCAAUAAUAAUGCUGCAUUUGAGGUGAAGUUGCAACUUGUAAUUCCUACCUACAUCCUGUAAAAGCCACUGAAAAUGCCCAAUCAACUUGAAAUUUCAACUCAUCAACUUAGGGUAGUCUUUCCAACUACCAGGUCCUUCCUUGUUUAAGGUGUGACAUCAAAUCAACAUGGCCACUCAUGCUGUGAACAGUGUAAAGUCCCCCUUUUUCCACUUUUAAAUUAGUUUAUUGCAGUACAGUAUUGGGUAAAUCUAUAACACUGACCAUACUAAUCACUGUUUUGAGAAGGUAAUUCCCAAUAUUAGAGUUAUCUAAUAUUAGCCAGCUAGCCAGCUUGUUGCUAAUGCUACUUGAUAUCGUUCGCUGGCUAGCUCAUUGCUAAUGCUACUUGCUAUUGCCUGCUCUUGUUAUUGUGCUGCAAUUUCAGUUCAUAAUGGUGCAUGAAAGUAUGAAGUUCACUAUACUAGAACAGUACCAAUUGCUACUUAGGCCUGUAACUGUGCGGUUAAAAUAGCUUUUUAUUAGCUUUACGUGCUCUGAAAGAGCAAACAAACGCUUUCGUAUAAGUGUCCAUGUUUUUUUUGUUUUUGUUUUUUUUCAUUUCGCACAUCGAAAAAUGACGUUAUUACAACUAGCAAAUUACUACUUACAGGGAACCAUGAGCUCAGAAUAAACAUAAAUUUAAUAAUUGUUGGGUGGGAUUUCCACCACUGUAAUAAUUUUAAAAAAAAAAAUCACAGACUCCCUGGAUAUGCUUCACAGACCCCUGGGGGUCUCUGGAUGACACUUUUGGAACCACUUGUAGAUCUUGACGUCCAGAAACUACUGGUGAAGAUGUCUAUUUCAUGCUAAUUAAACUUCUUCGUGCUCACUAGGAUGGUUGAGAUUGGCUGGCUAAUCAAAGGCUUUGUCCGUCCAAGCUCAGGUUUCUGCUGUCCAGCCUCAGGCUUCACAUAAUCAGCCUGGGGGACUGCAGCUAAAUACUACAGCCUAAACCUGGAAUUAUAUUCGGUUAAAUCAGGUGUCUUUGAGCAGGGAAAACUGGAUCACUAGACUGGAUUUCUGAUGGAUUUCAGCUCUCCAUGGCUGGACUUGAGUUAACCAUGGUUAACCUGGUAAAGCAAAUACGAGAGAGAAUUCAUAUGAAAGUGAAAUACUGAACACAGUGACAACUUUAUUGUGAAACAAACUCAAAUUUAACAUAGUGGAUGGGAAGUAAGAGGAGAACACUGCAAUGAGUAAAUGAAUAUGCUGUUAGGAAAAAGGGUUCUUUAAGGGUUCAUUGGAUAAUUGGGUUCUACUUGGUACCGCCUGUUCUAGGGUUCUACAUUGAAGCCCUUAAGGGUUCCCCUGAAGAAGUGUAGGUUUUUAAUGAUGUUUAUUGUAUAUGAUACUGGAAAGUGUGUCAGGCUGAAAGACACUGUUGUAUGUGAAUUUGUAUUUGAAUUUGUGUGUGUGUGUGUGUGUGUGUGUGUGUCAGUGUGGAUUUUGACGGUGCUGUGUUCUAACUCCAGUAUUUUAGGCUUUCUGCCAAAAUCACUGUAAUGCACUUAAUAUGAGGAUAAAUACCAGAUGUGUACCUUUGGUGUAAAUGUGUAUGUGUGGGAAUGUGUGUGUGUGUGUGUGUGUGUGUGUGCAAGCACUUUGUUUUUUUUUUCUGUGCACAAUUCCUUGUGUUUGUCCAUGGUUCCAUGGUCAGCACACAGAUCACCCUCUCUGCCUCAUGUCAUAAACAUAUAUUUCCCUAUUAAACAUCAAAUAUCGAAUUCCACAGCAGUACAUGAUGAUAUAACUGACAUUAGUGGUAUAUGUGUGUGUGUGUGUGUGUGUCCCCGCACAUGUGUGUGCUUAUUUGUUGCCCUCCAGAAUUAUUGGCACCCUUCAUAAAGUGAGCACAAAUUAUAUUUUUAAAAAUUGCACACAACUUUUAAAUAAAUGCAAACAACUUUCUUUCUUUCUUUCUUUCCUUCUUUAUUUAUUUAUUUAUUUAUUUAUUUAUUUAUUUAUCAAGCAUUUUAAAACUACACAGUUCCUACAUGUUUGAACUCAAAAUAUCACUUAGUGCAUGUUUUAUUCUUAACAUCUACAUUUUUAUUAAUUUUCAUGAAGGGUGUCAAUAAUUGUAGUGGGCACUGUAUGUGUGUGUGUGUGUGUGUGUGUGUUUUGCAGCACUGAAUUGUAGUGUGAAGUACAGCAAUGGGUAGAAACCUGCUAGACAACCUUCUAAAUAUCUCCUUUAUUUAUCCUAUUAUUUACAGUAACACACAGGUCUUCACACACCAUGUUGUGAAAUCCUGAUUACAUGUCUGUUAAUUUCACACCUUUAGAAACACUAUCUAGGGUUCAGUUGAAGCAGACAUUCCGGCCAGAGAACAGAAAUUAUGCGUAGAAGUAAAGAUGGAAACAAUUCUGACUUUGUCUUUUAAAAUGUGAUGUUUCUACUUUUUGUUGAUUUUUUUGAGUUCCUCUCUUUAUCAUUGUUUUCCCGCAAUGCCGUGAUGACGUGUGAAGAAUGAAUAAAGUGUUAGAUAAUGUUGAUUUUUUUUUUUUUUUUUGGAAAACAAACAUAUAUGAACAGAAGUGAAUAAAAUCUACAUGUGAAAUUUCCCUAUGUACAAUAAAACUGAUGAAUCAGUCACA